CUGGAGACGAGCGUCACCGCGCAACGGUGUCCAAACAAAAAUGGCGGCGCUGCUGUGGACGUUUAUAUUGAUGUAUUUUGGGAACACGGUUUGCGUUAAUAAUGCGAGCUCCAACCGAGUGAACGUCACUCACGUCGUGUCAAAGGAUACGUUUGUUUUUGAUAAAGCUUUUAAUUUGACCGGGAGCCAAGAAAAUGUCACUUUAUCACCAACGCCUCAGGUAUCAUCACCAGGGCAAAGUGUUAAUGAGCCACUGAGGGAUAAAGGGACAGAAAACUCCACCUUUAACACCACUGCGUUUAAACCUACGGAGGAAUUCACUUUUACACCAACAGGUUUACAAACGACGGAAACACCGACAUCAACAAAGAGCACAUUAGUUACAAACCCUACAACAGAGGGUGGGGGUAUUUCCUCACUGCCUUUACCCCUGUCACUACCUCAACCUGUCACUGAAGUGUCUGCCAUGUGUCCGUGUAACGUACAGAGAGAGCAAUGUGAUAUAAACUGCUGCUGUGACCCAGACUGCACUCAGGAGCUGGCUCUCUUCACACAGUGUUCAGUGCAGAAAGUUGUCGGAGACACAAAGCUGUGCAGUCAGGACGCAGCCCUGUACACACUCACUGUAACUCCACAGGGUUUGUCCCAAGUGAUGACGUCUGUCCAGCAACAAAUCAACCCUGAUGUCUUCUGCAUACAGUCUGCUAACUAUGAACAGGGCAUGUCUUUCAUCACCCCAACAAUUCCCACAGAGAACAACUUUGACAGUCUGUUCGAUCGCUUCGCAGGAUUCUUCUUCUCUAGCGGAGACGGACGGGCGGUAAAGACUCCGGCUCAGGGAAAUUCUCUGGGAUACGUGUAUGGGGAUCUCAUCCAGACGAUAGAUGAUGCCCAUCAGCGAGGCUUCUUCAGGCUUCCAGCUUCUGCUACUGCAGCGAACUGCUUAGACACAAAUCCCGCAGCUUUUCUGAAGGAUCAGACGAGCAGAUGCUUGAGAAGCUUCACUUUACAAAACUGCACCGAGCUAGAGGCGCUGAAUCUUAAUGCGUACACCAGUUUCCUUGUUCUUUCAGGGAAGGACAAUGGUGCUGAUCUGGUGUCUGUAGAAAGGGAGACCAUCACACUGCAGUCUCUAGAAGGCACACAAACACUGGUGACGACGGAUGCUGACUACACACCCAUCUUUAAUGGUCAUCUCACCUGCAACAGGGUCGUGCUGCAGGUUAAAUACACGGUGAGGUUUGGUGACGCCGGACAGAUCGUGAAGGUGACGGCGUCCUUCGUUCUGGGUGCCGUCAAUGAAAGCACAUCGUUCCAGCAGGAGUUCCAGAUAACAUUUAUUCAGGAGACCAGCAGUGGCGCUACACGUCGUACCAGUGGAAAUCCUGGUUAUGUGGUUGGGCUGCCCCUUGUGGCCGGAUGGAGAACUGCAAAGGGAAUUAUCCUUAGCUCAGGUCCAGACGGGUCUCUCACUGUCUUAAAGAGUACUGCAGAGCAGGAUUGUCUGCUCGGACCGACCCAGCGCUCACCCAUACUGUUCGGGACAGAUGUGGUUUCAGGAUGCACCUUUAGGCUUGAGGACAAUGCAAACUGUUCGUUACUCUCCGAAGUUAUUUUGAGAAGACUGAAAGGUCAGAUUUUUCCAAAUUACGUGGCAUCUUUUGGAAAUUCUCUUCCUCAAAACCCCAUGGACUGGGUUCCUAUAGAGAACCAAACCACACCAACGACCACACAGGGAUGCAGCAUUCCAGUGUCCUAUCAUCUCGAAAUCAAAUGGACCAAGUAUGGUACCUUGCUGAACCCCCAAGCCCAGAUAGUGAAUGUGAUGGAAACAAUCCAGACCAACACCAGCCCCAUGCCAUCUUCUUCAACCGGGGGUGUCGUCUCUGUCACCUCCUCUGUGAGCUUUAUCGAUGUGUCACGGUCAGCCAGCCCAGGAUUCAGAGCUCCUCCCACCAUCGACGCCAAACUUCCCUCUGACUUCUUCUUCCCAUUUGUAUGAACAGUAAAAGGACAAGGAAGUGUUCCACAUGGAGGUAAUUUCCUCUCUGAUGUAAUUGCACACGAGUACAGUGCCAAAAUUUGAGUUCCAUGAAUUGCAAAUUCGUUUGAUUUCAUUAAUCGUUAAAUUGUAACAUAGAUUUUGUAAUUGUUAUUCAUAUAUGUUGUAUUUCACAUCUCACUUGAAGGACUUUACACAAUAUCAUUUACUUGCUGAGAUUUGACAUUUGGAUCUUGUAGAACAGUUUAAUAUGGACUCAACUGGCACUGCCUCAAGAACAUGGAACUAGUGGAACAAUUCAGUUUCAAGAGAAACUGGUGACUUGGAAGAAGUAAAGGAUGUAAAAUGCAAAAUCAACGUUGUUGAGUACAAGAGAUAUUUUGUGACAACACAGAGAAUUGUAAAGGAACAUGGACUACAAUCACAGAUAGAGAUUUCUGAUUAUAGCUUUGUACUUAGUAAAAUGAUCAUGUUGUUACAGUUAUGUAUACACACUAUGUGUGAAUGUACAAAGGAUAUAAAAAGUCCACGCACUCCUGUUAACGUUUUUCUGUUGUUAAAAAAUAGAAAGAAACAAGUUACAUCAGUCAAAACAUUUUCUGAUGCGAUUUAAAAAAAAAAAAAACCUGGAAUUUUAAAAAGACCAUUUUUAUAUCUAUUAUAGAUUAGUGUAUAUAUGAUCUAUAUAACAACCAUUUACAUAUAAAACUGAGGAUUUUAGACCUUUCUAAAAUUAUGUUGUUCUGUAUCGUCUUCUGUUAUUUACCUGCUGUAAAUUGUGUAUGAGCUGUAUAUAUUGAAAUUGAUUCACAAUUUAUAAUAGUUUAUUCUGUAUGCAUAUUAUUUGUAAAUAAAAAAAAACAUUGAUUCCUUGAUAAAGUAUAUUCUUUGACAGCAGGCUUAACAAAAGCUUAACAGUUUUCUUCCUAGAAAUAUAUUAGUCUGCAUACUGCAAUUCUACAUAAAGACUUAAAA